GUGACUCGUCUAAGAAAUUUCUGGAAAAUAUUUUGCAGAAGAGGAAAGAGAGAUGUUUGGGAGAGGAGCCAAAAAGAGCGACAACACAAGGUACUAUGAUAUAUUGGGCGUUUCCAAGAAUGCCGGUGUGGAUGAGAUCAAGAAGGCUUACCGGAAAGCCGCCAUCAAGAACCACCCCGACAAGGGCGGCGAUCCUGAAAAGUUUAAGGAGCUAGCUCAAGCUUAUGAAGUAUUGAGUGAUCCAGAGAAGAGAGAGAUCUAUGAUGAGUAUGGUGAAGAUGCACUGAAAGAAGGAAUGGGUGGUGGUGCUGGCACGCAUGAUCCCUUUGAUAUCUUCCAAUCCUUCUUCGGUGGUGGAAAUCCAUUCGGAGGUGGCAGUGGGGGCAGAGGCCGGAGGCAAAGGAGAGGAGAAGAUGUGAUACAUCCAUUGAAGGUCUCUUUGGAGGAAAUGUACAGCGGAACAACCAAGAAGCUAUCUCUCUCGCGCAAUGUAAUUUGUUCCAAGUGCAAUGGAAAAGGGUCAAAAUCUGGAUCUUCAAUGAAGUGUGGAGGGUGUCAAGGAUCUGGGAUGAAGGUCACUAUAAGACAGCUUGGCCCCUCUAUGAUCCAGCAAAUGCAGCAGCCUUGCAAUGAAUGCAAGGGGACAGGAGAAACCAUCAGUGACAAAGACCGAUGCCCUCAGUGCAAAGGCGACAAGGUUGUCCCAGAAAAGAAGGUUCUUGAAGUUCAUGUCGAAAAGGGGAUGCAAAAUGGACAGAAGAUUACAUUCCCUGGAGAGGCAGAUGAAGCUCCUGAUAUGAUAACCGGAGAUAUAGUGUUUGUUCUUCAGCAGAAAGAACAUCCUAAGUUCAAGAGAAAGGGCGACGAUCUGUUUGUGGAUCACACGCUGACACUCACUGAGGCGUUGUGUGGCUUCCAGUUCAUACUCACACACUUGGAUGGAAGACAACUCCUGAUUAAAUCAAAUCCAGGAGAAGUUGUCAAACCUGAUCAGUUCAAAGCAAUCAAUGAUGAAGGAAUGCCAGCAUACCAGAGGCCAUUCAUGAAAGGAAAACUGUAUAUUCAUUUCAUUGUGGACUUCCCAGACUCCCUCAGCCCAGAACAGGUUAAGGCACUGGAGGCCAUCCUGCCACCAAGGCAAAAGUCACAGUACUCGGACAUGGAAAUCGACGAAUGCGAGGAGACCACCUUGCACGAUGUUAACAUCGAGGAGGAGAUGCGGCGAAAGCGGGCCCACCAGCAGGAGGCAUAUGAAGAGGAUGGUGAUGAUAUGCAUGGUGGAGCCCAGAGAGUACAAUGUGCUCAGCAGUAAACUACCUGUUUCUGCCCUUUUUCCUUUAUAAAUCCUUCUAUAUUGGAACUGUGAAAUGUGUAAACAAACAGCUUGUUUCUUGAUCAAACCAAAAAGCCAUGUACUACAUAUAAAGAACCACUAUUGGACAA